AUGGAUAAAUCAGUUACAAUGUUUAUAGAUAGUGAAAAUCAGCGUGAUAUAGAGAAUAAGAUUGAUUCUCAUGAUAAUGUAGAUAUUACACGCAACUUUUAUAUAUCAAAGUCUCAAAGAGGUUUAAGAAUAUUUUCUAGUAAAAAUAUGGCUGAGAACAAAGUCCACUUAGAUCACUCUUCGAACUUAGACCUAUUUAACGAACCAUAUUUCUGUGGAUCAUUUGCUCAAAUAAAUAAAUCUGUUGAUAAAUUGUUUUUUAAGCAAAUACAAAGUAAAGAUAGUAUAACUAAAAUAAUAAAUAUUAUGAUGAGUUCAUUCCUUCAAAAUCAUAUAAUUCCUGUCUUAAAUAAAAAGGGAAUUGAUAAAAAAGAGUUGAUAAAUAUGAUAAUGGUGAGAUAUUUUUUAAAAGAUGAACUUUACAAAUAUUCAACUAAUAUAAAUAGAUUUGCAGGAUGGAAUAUAUUAACAAAUAUAUUUGAUAGUUCAAUUGCACCUUUAAAUAAAGAUACACAAGAAGAUUGUUUGUCUUCUCUACAUGAUUCUGAUCUGUUGGAAAGUUUGCUUUAUAGAGAUAUUUUAGAUAAAAUGAGGACAUUAAUUGGAUACAUUGUAGAUAUUAAAAGGGAUGAUAAGCAAAUUACUCCAUUUGAUUCUUGUCGAGUUCCAAAUAUUGCAGUUAGAGACUAUUUUUCUAGAUUGGUAGAAUUUUUUUUAUGUAGUCCUUCUAUGUACAUCUUAUCAUUUAUAUAUAUAGAUCGUCUAAUUAAAAAAAAUCCUACCUUUUCAGUUGAUGUUAUUAAUGCUCAUAGACUACUAGUUACAACUCUACUAUUAGCCGUGAAACUUUUUGAUGACAAAUUACUUUCCAAUUCAUAUUAUUCUAAAGUAGGUGGUAUAUCUAAUCUAGAAUUAAAUAAAAUGGAAGCUAUGGUAUUCACUCUUCUUGAUUUUGAUUUGAAUGUUUCAUUUGGGGAAUUUGUAUUCUAUGCGUUGUCUAUUAAAUUAGUUGGGGGGGUUUUACAAUUAAUUGAUUCUAAAUAA